UGGACGCACCCUGCCCACAUUUUGAAAACCCGUUCAUCUCAAUCCCCCUUCACAAAACUCAAAGACUUUGUGGUCUCUCUGUGUUCUCUUUGAAUCGGCGAUCAUUAUGUCUCUCGCAAGUGUCCUCAAAACGCUCUUCUUCAUGCUCUGCUGCCUCAUGAUCGUCACUCUCGGCUACACCAUCUCCACCGAUGGCCUCCCCUUCCGCAAAGACCUUCUAACUCCGUGGAUGGCUGCCACUCUGGUUGAUUUCUACAUCAACGUUGUUCCUUUGGCGGCUUGGGUUUCCUACAAGGAAUCAAACUGGAUUAGUGCAAUUAUAUGGAUAAUUCUCCUUGUAUGCCUUGGCAGCAUUACCACCUGUGUUUACAUUUUCAUCCAAUUUCUCAAGUUGUCACCUCAAGAAUCUUUACAAGAUGCCAUGUACCAUGUUCUGUUGCGGAAUCCAAUCAAUAUGGAACAUAAAAGGAAGAACUCCCCUGUUGUGGCUGCCAGAAUCCUUUUUGGUGUUUUGGGUUUAUUGAUGUUGGGAACUCUGGUUUACACUAUCUUGACUGAUGGUUCUCCUUUUCGCAAAGAGCUCUUAACCCCGUGGAUGUCAGCAACACUAAUUGACUUCUAUAUCAAUGUUGUGGCUUUGUCGGUUUGGGUUGCCUACAAGGAAUCAAGUUGGUUUAAUGCAUUCCUUUGGGUGAUCCUAUUGAUAUGUUUCGGCAGCAUCAGUACAUGUGUUUACAUUGUCCAGCAGCUGUGUUGCCUGCGUUCUGAAGAUCCGCUCUGCCUCAUUUUGUUGAACACUAGUAAUAGGGCAGAAAACUGGUGUGAUAGAACCUGCUGCUGAGAGAUGCUGUAAAAGUUUAAAGUUGAUGAGCUCAAAGGCUGCCAGAUUAUGUACGAUUAAUUAACCGUACAAAUUACAGAGAGCAUUCCAUUUUCGCCUGCUAUAUUGAGCGAUUUCUUGUAUAUGUAUGGAUCUCUGUGUGCCUUUGGCACUUGCUGUAUCAAAUUGUAUCAGGGAUCGGAUUUAUGAAGAUUGUUUCAGCAAAUAUAGAUAGAAAUUUUC